AUGGAAUGUGCGCCUGGAUAUUCUUUAGGAGAGUUUAUUCAAAGCACAUGUCGUGGUGGCAUUGGAUUGUUAGAAUCUGUUCAAUUCGCACAACAUGUAGUUUCAAUCGUCAAAGAAGUUCACUCGCAUGGUAUCGUACAUCAAAAUCUAGAACCGAAUACUAUAACGAUUGAAUGGGAUCGAAAACAUACAUCGAUUGAUCAAGCUAAAUUAAUGAUACUAAAUUUCACACAAGCAUACAUCAAAACACAUGAUACUGAAGCAGUUGAUACAUCAGCAACUCAACUAAGACAAAUGUGGAAUCAGCCACCACAAAUGGAUAGAUGUAGCCCGACCAUUGAUGAUGCAUCAAGUAUUUAUGCUAUAUUAUUUUGUUAUUAA